CGAUAUUUCAAAAAAUCGAGAAUAGCACAUUGUUCUUCUGCCCACCCUACUAGAAAACUAGAUUACAGUCACACUGUGUUUAUCCUUCGGUACGUCCACUUCUAAAAGUCAAGUGGUGUCACCCAUCGAUUCAAAUAGAGAAUAGAAAGAACAACAYCCUCUKUAUCGCACGCCUCCUAGCAUCAUGGACUCCAGAAUGCCAUACCUCGACGACAACGAAGGCGAUUUUGAUAGCCAAAUCUCGCGCUUGAUAGAGGCUCAGCGUCGGCACAACAAUCGCCAYAAUCACAKUACUCGCACUAGCUGCGGGAKAUCCAGCGCAUCCAACAACAAUAUUAUGAAUCGCUCCGCGUGGUUUCCAACCUCCCUAUUGUUGGAAUGCCCAGGAGAACAAKCUCCGGAGGAGGAGGAGUACCUAUCGUCACCAAAUCGAGCACAAGUCAUCGAGACUGCCUGCCGGAUCCUGAAGAAUGCGAGGGUGAAYAACACCAAUUUCACCGAWUUUCAUGCAGGUGUUGACUCCAAUAUUGAAACAGGGGAUGCAAGUGAUUUGGCACCAGAUUUCAUCAGYCACUGGACCGGUAGAGCACGAAGUGUUUAUGUACCUCCAGUAGCUAUCCAACCCUGCGAGUCUAGCCCUUUUUUGGUCCCAGUGGACCACCGUAAUGGCAAGGAGGCGAUGGGAUUGACGUGCGUCGUCUCAUCCGACUCAAACGAAUCUACGGGAAGAGAAAGCGUUUGGUAACAGUUCGAUCUGCGCCCUCCAUGGUUCCCUAUGUUUCCUAGACCGAACUGACCAAUUACUAGGGAUGAACAAUGAACAAAGAGSUUGUCUCAAUUUUGGAGCCAGCAAGGGAAGGAAAUGCAACACAAUAGAAGUAUACAAAUUUUGCCAAAAUAAAUAGUCAAUCAUCUAGGCACAGACAAGAAGCAUUCAUACAAUCCAUCAAAUCAAUGCGCAUGGACAGAUUCAGCUCGAACGCUUGUUGUAUACACGAAAGUUUGAUUGCAAAAUAGGAACACAUGUGAAUUUCCAAAAAGAUAGUCUUGCAGAACCUUACMAGACCAGACAAUUGAUCAAGCUUCUGUCCUGUGAGAUACUAUCCAACUUUUCUACCACAAAGCAAGUAGUAGUACUAAUAGUAGCCAUAAUUGUAUAAAAUUUCAGAAAUGUA